AUGGUUGAGGAGGCUGUGAAAAGCUCCCUUGGUCUGAAUUGGCUGUUGAUUUUUUCUGGUCCAUAUCCAUCUGGUCAGUACAUCCUAGUAGUUGUUGAUGAACAUAGCAGAUAUCCCGAAGUUGAGAUUGUACAUUCCACAUCGGCAAAGGUUGUAAUUCCCAGACUUCAAGGCAUAUUUGCACGUCAAGGGUUCCCAAAAGUCUUGAAAUCUGAUAAUGGUCCGCCUUUUCAAAGUCAGGAGUUCGCAGACUUUGCCAAUGCUUGUGGUUUCAAACAUCGCCGUAUCACUCCGCUGUGGCCGGAAGCGAACGGUAAUGUGGAACGGUUUAUGGGCACUUUGAACAAGUUUGUUAGAGUUUGCGUGUCAGGAAAUAGAAAUUGGAAGUCUGAACUUAAUCAAUUUCUUAUGCAAUAUAGGGCAACACCCCACUCAUCAACCAAAAUUUCUCCGUUUGAAGCUCUAACCGGUAGAAAAAUGAGUUUUGGUCUCCCAGAUAUUCCCAAGUCUGAUCAAGCCCCAGUCUCUGAUAGCAUAGUAAACAAUGAUGCUAUGAGUAAAACCAAGAUGAAGGCCUAUGCUGACCAAAGACGACACACGUCGGAGUCUAGUCUCAAACCUGGAAAUCAUGUCCUGGCAAAACAGCCAAAGCUAAAUAAACUUACCCCACCGUUUGAUCCAGAUCCUUACACUGUAAUUGAGAAAAAGGGUAGUAUGGUAACUGCAGAGCGGGAUGGCCGUUGUUUAACCCGAAACUCUUCAUUUUUUAGGCCAAUCAAAAAUGCAGUGAUGCUGGAGGAUGAAGAGGAAUAUGAAGCCCCUCAAGCCUCUAGUCCAGAAUCUAGUAUCCCUGCUGCUCCUGAAUUAGUAUCUAGUCCUGAAUCUAGUCUCCCUUCUGCUCCUGAUAUAACUCUUGUACCUGUCACUCCAAGGAGAAAUCCUCCUCGCUCUACUCGUUCUGUCUUGCCUCAGAAGAUGAAAGACUAUGUGAUGAGUAAACCUAAAUGA